AUGAUGGCCGAGCCAUCGGCGACGCCAGGAAUGCCCUCGGCCACGUUGAACAUGAUCCAUGAGCUCAAUCCGGCCUACUCGCGAGUGUUUCCCACCUCGACGACGGUGCAGGUCGCUCACGGCGCCGCCUCGUCGCACGCGUCGGCACAGUCGCUCGUCGUACGACCCGACACGAACCAAGUCGAUACGCCCGAGUCGCUCAACGAACUCGCGACCAAGUCGGCCAUGUUGAGGGUCAUCCUCAAUGGCUGGAUCGAGGGACUCAUGGCGGAACAGUCAAAGUCGGGUGCGCAUGGUGAGUGUUUGUUGAUCGAGAGAUGACUUGUGAGAGGCGCGAAGCAUCGGAGUGGGUGAAGGAAUGCUCGAGGGGCAAGGGGACUCACUCACAUGAUAUGAGAUGCUGCACAGAAUCUAAUGGGCCGAGCAAGAUGAUCCGAGGUCUAUCCGUCUCCCUACCCGGGCCACUGCUGUUCAUUCGGUCCAAGCCUCGCGUGCUCGUCUUCCGCGUUCGCAAGCACUCCACCAUCGCACCACCCACCUCCACCCUUGCAGGGCUUUCGGACUUGCGAGGACCUACACAGGCUAGCCUGAAUGCAGCACUCACGACGAGCGACGAUGGGCUCGCUGCGUACCUUCUACCACGGACGAUCAAGGCCGCGGCGUGUCUUCAAGCUGCUUUGCUCGUCAAUCCUCUACCACGUGACCCACAAGCCGAGGACGACUCGACCACGCUGUGGCGAGAACGCGCAAAGCUACUCAAGGAUCUGGAGGAGGUCAUGGUCACGGUCGUGCACGUCUUGGCCGAGUCAGGGGUUCGAAUCGAAUAUGGCAAUCCGAGGGAGGGAACUACCCGAGGCGGGGUCGGACGAGCGCGUGAAAUCAUGACGGAUACGAUCGAUCUGAUCAAGGGUGAGCACGAAUGCCUCUUCUAUGCUUCAGCACGACCAGUCUGCCCACUCGAAUCUCUGUUCUUUCUUCCACUCGCGCAGCAUUGUUCACGAGACCGAGUUCGGAUCCGUAUCCUUGGCGACUGACGAUGUCACAGUCCCACGUCGACACCUUUGACGACGAUCAAUCUUCAAUCGAGGUUCGAAGCCCCAUCCACGCUCGCGCUCUUUCUAUACUUCUACUUCGAUUGCUCCUCAAGAUGGCCUCACUAUCGCCUUUCCUCGCCGAAUUCACCCCACAAAUAGUCGACUUGAUCGUUCAGUCGUGGCCCCGACGAGCGGUUCUUCGCCAUCAUCAGUCGAACGCGACAGCAUCGAUGGCGUACACAAAAGGCAAGCAGAGAGCUUACGACCACGAUCUCAAUGUGAUUGCUGCCUUUCUCGAGCUCAUCGUCGAAGUGCUGCAUCGCCCGCUCGGCACGUGCUCCGACCAGGUCGUUGGAGCACUUGUCCAUUGCGCGAUGGACGAGCUGCACAGCAGGAUUAGCUCGGAGGCCUCAACGAUCAACACAAGAAAGGAAGAUGCUACUGCAUCAUCCCUGAUCGCUGAUUCCCUCGCUGCCAUCUCGGCCUCGCUGUACACCAGCCUCGCUCACGCCGAGUACGCCGUCCAUCACGGCGGCUCACAGCUGAGGCAAAUCCUCGCCCACGUCGUCGUCGAAAACGCAGACCACUUUGGCGAGAACCUCAAAAAUUCAAUGCAACCCUUCGGUAUCCGAAUCGCGUGCCUCUUCUCUCUCGCUUUUGCGCUCGCUCCGUCGCCAUUGGCCUUGUCGAUCCCUGCCGUCGACCCGCCGCUCACGUCCGCCGCCGAAUACCUUCCGCCUUCGGUCGCGUUCGCCUUGGCCGAAUACGUCUCGCUUCACCCAACGAUGCCUUUCGACCUCAGCGGCUCCUUGAAACAUCUUCGCGGGCCAGCUACUGUCGCCUGGCAGCGCCUGAGUCAUGAUUUGAACCCCUCCGCUGCGGACGCGCCAUUCGUGGCCGACACCUCGACCAUGAACCGCAAGAGAACUCGUCAAGGCGAUUUGAUGGUGGUUCAUUCGAGCGACGGUUUGGAUAUUGAUGGGAUGCCAGGCUCGACCGCUCGGCGGGGGCUCAAAGUGCUGUGGAAGGAGCCGGUGGCCCAGAUCCUCAGAACCUGCCUUCGACCAGCAGACAGGGCUCUCGAAAGCGUCGGACCCGACCGCGUCAUCCAAAGCCUCGCGAAUUCGCUCGAUAUGGAACAUGUUGCAAAGUCAAUCGACGACCUGCGGACGAUCGGUCUGCUCGCCUGCGCCCGCGAUGGAGCGCUUGUAUUUUCACCUUCAUCAGACCACACAAGCUCCGUACUCGAGCCCUCUUGUCGUUUCUGCGACGCGUGGUCAAGUGGAUCCUCCAAGAUGGACGACUUGGAGCAAGACCCGUCGCUCGCAAUCGGUGGCGGUAGAUCCUUUAACGAUGGUCCUCUGACCUGUCUUCGCAAAGCUCUCCGGGUCGUCGGAUCUUCGGCCGCGGAUCCUAAGCUAAAGCUCGCGUUCCUUCGAGCUUUACUUCGUAUUCUGCGGCAUUCGCGCAUUGCUGCGGGUGUGUGGGAUCUUUCGCGCGUCGAAGUGCAAACGGAGGUCGGGGCCGGUCAUCGAGACUUGUUGCUCGGUUUCGUGGUCGAGCAACUCGAAGCUUCGAGCAGGGCAUUACGGCUGGCAGCAGGGCGUGUGCUCGGGGCUGUGUGCCAUGCGCACCAGGUUCAAGACCGUGACGCGGCAUUCGUCGAAGAGCUCUUCGAAAAUGUUCUCAAGCGUCGACUGUCUCACCCGAGUGCAUCGGUGCUUGAAACAACUUUGCUCACUCUCGGCCGGAUCGCACGGCUCUCAGUACCACAGGCCAAGCUCGAGUGCGAGGCCCUCGCUGGUUUGGUCGGUCGACUUGGACAUUCAAACAUCUUUAUCAAAAGUGUGGCCAAAACGCAGCUCGAGGCCGUCGCUACAUACCGCGACAUCAAGACGUAUGCGCUGGUGCAGCCCCAUUUUGCGACCAUCGCCCCUCUGCUCGUUGGGCCCGGAUCGGCGACAACGCUCGCUGCUGCCCUGGACUGCUUCCACCAGCCACGCGAAGCUUUGCUGCGCUUGACGCGAGAGCACACGCUGCCCAAGGUCGUGCUUGAAGAGAACGCUUCCGCUAUCGAAGACAUUGCGAAGGCGUCAUCAUUAACGGUUCCUGUCAUGCUGACACAAGGUGCACCGGCGGCGGCGGUGCUGGCCAAGCUCUACAUGCUCGAGGACGAAAGAGCGCAGAAGAAAGGCUUGGUCUUCUACAUGAAGCAGAUCAAGGCGAACGUGCAAGCACAAGCUCUUGGCAAAGGCGCCGUCACGCUACCGGCCAUCCUUGGAGCGCUCAAGGUUCCGCUCGUGUAUCGCCUUGCUUUAGAACUGGGCGAUGAGUCUCCCCGCGUUUCGACUCAGGUCCGUUCAAACUUGGGCAGUCCACAUCAACUCUAAUAUGCUGCGUUACUAACGAAUGCUUUGACUUCGUGACCCGCACAGGCUGAGCGCGCGCUGAGAAACGUGGAACGGGUCAGCGAGGCCAUGACAAGCAAGACGAAUAUUGAGCUUGGCGAGGUCCUCAAGGCCAGCAUUGUCGGUAUCCUUAGUCACAUGAACCGAGCCCUGAAUGAGCCAACGGCGCAUCGACCCCUGCGCGAUAAGCAACAAAUCAUCCGCAGUCUCGCCGCCGUCACCGGCCGAGUCGGUCCAGCCAUUGCUGGCUUCUCGCCACAAAUCAUGGCCACGCUGCAAAGCGCUCUCGAAGUCGAAGGUCUGCGCGAGGUGACCUUGAAAGGAUUCAAGUCAUUCAUCAGCUCGCUUAAGUUCAGCGAGAUUGGACCCUUCAUCGGACCUUGUACGGCCACGUUGGUACGGCUGUGGCACGACUUCACCCCCAUCGAGAAAGCGGAAGCGACCCACACGAUCGAGUACAUUGUGCUGAAGAAUGGGGACGACCUUAAAUCGUUCGUCCAAGAUGUCGCGGAUCUUGGUGGCAUACCAGAGCUGGCCCAGUGCCAGCAACGGCUUCUGCAGACUCGUCGACCGUGGAGCUUUGGUCGUAAGACGGAGCACCUGAUGGCCCGGAUCUCGAGCGAAAACGACGUCGUCUCAUUGCAAGCGCUGAAAGAACUUAAGGAACUUAUGGGCACCUUUGACGUCGAUUUGCAACAGUUGCUGGCGGGCGACAUCUUCGAUCGCUCGAUCGGAUCGCUUGUAAAGGUCUUGUUCGGAGCCGCCGUCAAAGAUGGCCCCGAUCAGGACCGCAUUCGCAACAUGGUCUUCGAAUGCCUGGGUAUACUCGGGGCCUUGGACCCUGAUCGCUUUGAGUUGCCCCCCGGUGAUCCGCCGACCAUCGUGCUCGAAAACUUCACCAACAAGGAGGAAUCGGCCGAGUUUGCUCUCCAUCUCAUUCAGGACCUCCUCAUCGGCGCGUAUCGCAGCACGAACGACACGAAGCACCAAGAGUUUCUCGCCUAUGCAAUUCAGGAGCUGCUUACCUAUUGCGGCUUCACCCCCGACCUCGUCCUCUCCAGCGCCAGCGGCAAUUCGAAGUCCAAGGCGGCAGUGGACCAGUCGGUUCGCGAGCGGUGGAACCGGCUGCCCAAAUCCGUGCUCGAGACCUGUGGCCCUCUCCUCGGUGGCCGCUUUUCGUUCAAGGAGCGCAGCAUCUCGCACACGGUUCAAUACCCCAUUUAUAGCACGACAAGCUCGUACCGAGACUGGAUCCGCAUCUUUGCGAACGAUCUCAUCCUCAAGCUUGAGGGCGAAGCCAAACGUGUGUUUGGCCCUUUCCCGCCGGUCUUGCAUCUCGAAGACAUAGCCGUGGCCCAGCACCUGCUACCCCAUUUGGUGCUCCACUCACUUAUUUCGGGUACCGACGAUGAUCGACUCCGGAUUGGGACCGAAAUCCGCGAAGUGUUGGCCGAUCAAACCGCGUGCACUCGAGCCGUGUCCGAAAACAGUCGUCGUUUGAGCGCGCAGACCGUCUUUGAUCUCAUGGAUCACGUGAGUCGAUGGAUCACACUGGCGCGCAAGCGCUUGCUCGAACUCAAGAGUCGGCGAAGAGGUGCAGCCGCGUCGACCAAACACAAGUCGUCGUCGAUCGAAAACGCCUUCCAGGUUGCGCUCCUGAACGUCGAGAGCACACUGCAGGCCAUCCCGCGCAUUGUCGUCGGACAUGCCGCACUCACUUGCAAAGCGUAUGCUCGCGCUUUGCUAGCAUACGAAUCCCACAUUGUCGCGUACAACUCGCAAAAGGACGUGCCAGAGGAUCAUCACCUGCAAGACGACUACGAGCAUCUGCACGAAUGCUAUGCUGCGCUCGAUGAACCCGAUGGGAUGGAAGGCAUCUCGACCAAGAUCACGUCCGCGGGUGUGCAGCAUCAGAUUCGCGAGCACGAAAGUACGGGGCGUUGGACGUCGGCUCAGAGUUGCUGGGAAAUCAUGUUGCAAGAGGAACCGAUGAAUCCGAACAACCACGUCGGAUUAAUGAGGUGUCUGCAAAACCUUGGUCACUACGGUGAGUGUGAUGCUUCGGGUAGCUUAUCUUGUCCAAAAACGUUCUGGCUAGACCAUUCCUUUCGUUGGUCAUGCAGAUUCGAUGCGAACUCAUAUCGCGGGUAUCCUGCACUCCAGCGGCGACCCAGCUGUUUGGGAUCGGAUCUUGGCUCCGUUCAAUAUCGAAGCGUCCCUCUUUGUCGGUGACUGGGACUCAGUCGAGCAGACAUUGGGACUACCGGAGCUGACCGGACCAGAGGCCGCCUUUGGUCGCGUCGUAUGUGCCAUGCGUGAUGCCAUGAGUGCCGACUACAAAGUGGACGAUGUUGAGAGCCCGAUGUCGUCACUUGAGCAAGCUUUUUCGGAGGCCCGGAUGCAGCUCGGGAGCCCGAUCGUUGCCGCGGGGCGGGAGUCGUAUGGUCGAGUGUACGACGGUGUGGUUCACCUCCACAUCCUCAACGAGCUUCAAGCGAUCCAUCUCGCACCUCGAUCGUCCGCCAUGGAGUUGCCGCCUGAACUCAUCGCUCGUCUCAACUUCCGGUAUGGGGUGACUUCUCCUUCCUUCCGAGCACGAGAGCCGAUCCUCAAUAUGCGCAGAACUGCGUUCCGACUUCGGUAUGUUGGCAUGUACACAAUACUUAUCCCACGGGUGGUGGAACACUACUGAUGCCAUGUCACAUUGCCCGACCCAGACCGCCGGGCGUCGACAAGUUGCCGAAGCCGCGCAUCAAAGAGAUCGGUCGCCUCUGGCUCGAAACGUCAAAGAUUGCGCGCAAGGCUGGUCACACCCAGACAGCGUACAGCGCGAUCUUGCAGGCGAGGGAGCUUCAGGCGCCGUACACGUUCCUUCAGAGCGCGAAGCUGCUCAUGGCUGGUGAUCAGUCCUACCGCGCCAUGCAGGAGAUUGACAACGGUCUGAGAGCAGCUAUGGCCCCUCCGUCCCAAGGACCCUUGGUUCGGAACACUGGCGAGUCCCCAGGACCCCUCGCCAAGGUGAGUCAAAGCUAAUAUCGGCACGGCCCGAUCUCGGAGUACUGGAGCUGACCCGGCCACCGAGCUUCGCGUAUUCUCAACAGGCCGAUCUUCGACGCGCAAGGUGGAUGCAUGAGGCCGGUCGUUUGGAGAGUGAUGAGAUCAUGACACUCUACCGCGAUGCAGAGAAGCUGGCUCCCGAGUGAGUCCCCCCUCUCGACUGGCUCGUCCAGUGCAUGCAGGAUUGAGCCUGAUCUGACAAAUCGAAUCUUGUUGCAGAUGGGAAAGUCCGCCUUACUACCUCGGUCGCUAUCUUGACCAGUUCUGUGAGGCUAGUCUGCUCGUGCUGGGCAACAGUCGUAAAAAGCCUGAUCUCGUCACGUGAGUACAGUCGACCUACUAGAAUCCUCAAAUGGACUCUGACAUUCCUCCCGUUGCAGCGAGCUUUGUCACACCCUCGACUACCGGGUCAGAGUCGUGGAGAUGUUCAUCCAAGCGCUGUGUCGUGGCACCAAGUUCAUCUACCAAGCCAUGCCGCGCAUGCUCACGAUCUGGCUCGAAAUCGGCGAUGCCAAACCAGUCAUCGACGUCGUCAAUCAGCGACGGGAAGAGCCUCGAGUCGAGCUCCGCGGCAACUUAUUCGACCUUCACAAUGCGUUCAUCAGCCUCGACAAGCUCAUCAACAAGGCCGUCACCAAGUUGCCGGCCUAUCAGUGGCUCACAGUGCUUCCACAACUCGUAUCGAGGAUUUUGCACCCGAACAAGAAAGUCGUCGAAACACUGGAAAAGAUUCUCUCGCACGUGCUACGGUCGUACCCGCAUCAUGGAUUCUGGGCCAUGGCUUCGGGUGCAAAGUCCACGACGCAGCAGCGCUCGCGCAGGAACAUGCGGGUGCUCGAGAAGGCCAAAGUAGGUCACGGUGGCCUUGCGUUUCUCUCUCCCUCUGCAGCCGAUUGGUCCGGUGACUGACGCUGUCACUCUUGCUCCUGCCGUCAUUCUUAGUCCGUUGCAACCGCGAACAGUAAUGUCUCGAGCCUCAUCGAUGUCGGACUCAAGCUUGUCGACGAGCUUCUCGGGCUGUGCAACUACUCCCUUGAAAAGAACAAUACGCAUCCUCGAUUGCACAAGGAUUUCCCUCAACUUCACCGCCUUGCGCCCACGGACUUGAUCAUUCCCCUCCAAAGCUCGCUUAACGUCACGUUGCCGUCACAAUCGCAAUCGCGCAAGACGAUGACUCAUCAGCCAUUCCCAGAGCGGCUUCCUUCAUUCAAUGGUGAGUGAUGGCGAAGUCAAGAGACCAUCAAAGGUAAAUUGUCAACGUUGAUUAUAUAUUCCGUGGCGCUGGCCAGACUUUGACGACGCCAUCACGAUCAUGAGCUCUCUGCAAAAGCCGCGCAAGAUCACCGUCAUCGGAAGCGAUGGCAUGCACUACAGCUUCCUCUGCAAACCCAAGGACGACUUGCGCAAGGACGCCCGGUUGAUGGAGUUCAAUUCGAUGAUCAUCAAAUUGCUCAAGAAGGACUCUGACGCACGUGGACGUCGCCUAGGUGCGCAAGGGAUAGGAAGCCUUUCGCUCGCCUUGGGACUGAGCUGACCCCGGCCAUGCGAUCGUAACUUCAGGAAUUCGAACCUACGCUGUCGUACCUCUUAAUGAGGACUGUGGUCUGAUCGAAUGGGUCCCCCACGUGGUCGUGUUGCGAGGGGUCCUCAACAAGGCCUACCAAGCCAAAGGCAUUGCACCAUGGGUGAGAAAGCUUCUGCGAAAAUCACGUGCUUCAUUAGCACCUGCCACUCAUCAUUUCCUGCCUUUCGAAUUGCAGAGCCCCGAGCUCAAAAAGACUUUUGACACCAUUCGAAGCAAUCCCAAGGAGAUCGCCAACCGAUUCGUCAACGAAGUGCAGAAAAAGUAUGUCUCGCAGCAUCAACCCACGGCCGAUCGCUUAGGCUAAGUUGACGCACGUGUUUCAUCUUUGAACCCGUAGCUUCCCCCCGGUCUUUCACGAAUGGUUCUUGGAGACAUUUCCCGAGCCUUCAGCCUGGCUUCGGGCUCGAUUGGCCUACUCGCGCACUGCUGCUGUCAUCUCGAUGGUCGGAUUCGUUCUUGGGUCAGUUUCACUGGACGCUCAUAGUCCAUCCACGUGAAUCGCACACUCAACUUCAGUCCUCACCACAGUCUCGGCGAUCGACAUUGCGAGAACAUCCUCCUCGACGGGACCACAGGUGACACCGUCCAUGUUGACUUCAACUGCCUUUUCGAUCGAGUGAGUGCCUCAGGCUUCACCCGUCUUGACAAGGAACCACUCACCCACGUUCAUGUUGGGCAUCCCAGGGCCGGACCUUCGACGUCCCUGAGCAAGUUCCAUUCCGCCUCACAGCGAAUAUCGUCGAUGGCAUGGGCGUGACCGGCGUAGAAGGUGAGCUUGAGUCUCGCAGGUGGGAUCGAGCGGAUAGCGCACUCACUGGACAUCUGAAAACGCGCAGGUGUUUAUCGCCGUGCUGCUGAGAUCACAUUGCGGAUCCUGCGUGACAACAAGGACAGUCUCAUGUCGGUGCUCGAAACUUUCCUCCAUGACCCCCUAGUGGAGUGGCAGCCGUCCAAAUCUCGAUCUGUACGUCUUCCUACAUACUCUCCCCUACCGGCUUUUGAGCUGACAUCACAGACUCGUACAGGACAAGAAGACGACGGGCAAGGAUGACCAAGGCUCGAUCAUUCGCAAAGCCAAGACUAGUUUGGAUCCAAUCUCCAACAAACUGCGUGGCCUGCAAGUGACUUCUGAUCCUGCGAGCCUUGGGUCGAAGGAAGUAACGAUUGGAGAACAAGUCGAGCGCUUGAUCCGUGAAGCGCGCAACCCCAAGAACCUGGGGUCGAUGUAUGUAGGAUGGUGAGUCUUCACGUGACCGGUCUUUGAGUCUUGCCGCUCGCGUGACGUAUAAUUCGAGAGCUGACUUUUUGUGCCUUCUCUCUCAAGGUGUGCGUGGUUUUGAGCGGGUCUGUCUAGCUUCUAUCUUCAAGAGGCCAUUUUGUACAUCAUACAGUUGUUGUAA